AUGGCAUCAACACUACCCGGCGAUGCCUUGUGUCCAUCCGGACUUGAGGCAGACAGUCAGUUCGGUCCCCGGGUCGAUGUAGCAUGUCGAGAGUUUGACUUCACCUUGCUCUUCGAAGAUGGCUUCUUCAUGCUCCUUCCAGCUGCUCUAUUCCUCCUCUUUGUCCCAUGGCGGCUCUGGUCGUUAUGGAAGAGUCCGGUUAAACUCACUUCGAGGCGGUUGGCUAUUGGAAAGUUGACACUCCUCUCAGCCCUCUUCACCCUCCACCUCCUCAACACCAUCUACACCACCAAAUCCAUCCAAACCACCCCCCUCUCCCUCCCCGCCACCAUCCUCACCACCAUCGCCCUCCUCUCUUCUGGGGUUCUUUCCCUCCUCGAAGACCAACGCACCAUCCACCCCUCCGACCUUUUAGUCAUCUACUUCUCCGCCUCCACCAUCCUCUUCAUCCCGCGCCUUCGCACCCUCUUUCUCCUCUCUACCUCUACCUCCCAUACUACCUCCCUCGUUAACAACCCCAUCCCCCACCACUUGUUGGUCUUACAAGUCCUCUGGACCCUCAUUUUUGGUUUAACCACCCUCGUCGCCAUCACCGAGUCCCUCGGCAAGUUUAGUUUGCUUCAGCCGCGGUACAAACAUGUCGUCGUCACCAAGGAGCAGACAGCCGGGUUUUGGAGCCGUGGGUUUUUUGUUUGGUUGUUACCCUUUUUUCAGGUGGGGUAUAAGACGAUUUUGGGGAUGGGGGAUAUUCCGGGGGUGGAUGGGGAGUUGAGGGUUGAGAGCGCGGGUGGGGGGUUGGAGAGGGUUUUUAGACGGUUGCAGGCGCAGCAACAGGGACGGGAGAUGAAGACUGCCCGUGAGGGAGGGGGGAAAAGGGAAGGAAAUAGGGAAGAGAAGGGUGAUGGGAAGAAGAAGAAAGGGGCGGCGUAUGAGGCGAAUAAAUGGCCUUUUUGGUCGGCCGUGGUGCCGAGUCUCUGUCAACCGUUUUUGAUUGAGGCGGUUGUUGGGUAUUUGGCUUCGAGAGAGCGGAAGGAGGGUGACGAAGAAGGAGAAACUGGGUCACCCCAGCCGGUUUAUUAUGGGAGAGCAUUGGUGGGCGGGUUUGUGUUGUUGUAUGUUGGUAUUGCUGUUUCAAGGGCGAUAUACUGGCGACAGACGAACCGAAUGAUUGCUCGAAUUCGGUCGGGGCUUAUUGCUAUGGUGUAUCAGCAUACCACUGCUCUUUGGGCCGUUGACGUCAAGGACUCUGCGGCAGUCACUCUGAUGGGAACGGAUGUGGAACGCAUUGUUACGAGCAUCAAGAAUGUUCAGGAGCUAUGGGCGUCUAUACCGGGCGUUGGUAUUGCUAUCUGGCUGUUGGCUCGGCAGGUGUCGUAUGCUGCCAUAGUUCCUCUGGUGAUCUGCCUGAUAUGCGUCGUCGGAGCAUCCUUCAUCGGAGCAGGUACCGGACCCGCACAAGCGGCAUGGAACGAGCGAGUCCAAAAACGAGUCGCCGUCACGGCCAACAUGCUUGGUGACAUGAAAGCCGUCAAGAUGUUAGGACUUACCGGCGUACUAGGCAACAUCAUCCAAGGCCUACGCAGAGCCGAGCUGAAGACUUCAGAGAAGUUCCGCAAGUAUUUGCUUUGGACAAUCCAAGUCUCCAACGCACCAGCAAAUGGUGUCGCCCCCUACGCGACCUUCGUCGUCUACGGUAUCAUGUCAGCAGUGAAGAAAGAUCAAAACCUGCUAGCAGCGCAGGCUUUUGCCUCUCUAUCCCUCAUCAACCUGUUGACGACCCCUUUGCUUAUCUUCUGUCAGGCUUUCCCGGCUGCCAUGCAGGCUGUGGCAUGUUUUGGCCGUAUCGAAACAUAUUUGACUAAACAGGAGUUGAAACAAUCAGAUCUUUUUUCGGUUGAGGAUAGUGGACGGUCGGCGGGAGCCUCUUUUGAGAGUGGCACAGAGCUAAGAAGCGUGGUGAGCUCGAGACCGUUGGCCCUUGAGACUACACCUGGGGCACUCGCCUCGUUCGCAGCUGCAGAUAUCUCUUGGUCAGCCGAUGCUACCGAAUCGGUAUUGCAAGACGUGAACUUGACUAUCAAAUCAGGCUUCACGGCGGUUAUCGGUCCUGUUGGUUCAGGUAAAUCCACACUUCUCGAGACAUUGGUAAGAGAAACGACACUCAGGCGAGGAUCCGUCGUCACGAACUUUUCCCGUGCGGCUUACUGUCCACAAGCAGCAUGGCUCAUGAACGACACCAUCCGACGCAACAUCACCGGCGGCAGCGAGGACUUUGAGAUCGACCAGAAAUGGUACGAUUCCUGUAUCCUAUCGUGCGGACUCCAACGCGAUCUCGAUGGUAUGGCAGCGGGUGACCAAACAAUCGCGGGAACGAAUGGCUCGUCGUUGAGCGGAGGAGUGUCGCUCGCCAGAGCUGUGUACUCUCGUGCUCCUGUUAUUAUCCUCGACGAUGUGAUGAGCGGCCUGGAUCCUGCGACUGCUAAGGAGAUUACCACGAGGUUGUUUAGCAAGCAAGGUCAUCUUCGUAAGGCGGGUGUCUCGGUUAUACUUGCCACUCAUAAUAAGCGCCUUUUCCCCUACAUGGACGAGAUCGUCGUACUCGAAGGCGGAAAGAUCGCAGAUGUUGGCUCAUACAGCGAAAUCCAAUCGCGAGGUGACCUCAAGCUUAUGGUCAUGACCGACGAAGAUACGAUUGAGUCCGAAGAACAGCAGUCUCCAACAGAUGAAGCACCAAGGGAAAAAACCUACGCCACCACCACACCAAAGCCCUCAGACACAACCCAACAACAACAACCAACCAAGCCCAACCUCGAACGCCGUCAAGGAAGCUGGUCCGUCUACGCCUACUACGCCUGCAGCGCCGGCGCCCUCAGUCUCUCCCUCUGGGCCUUCUUCACCGUCCUGGGCGCCAUAACAUCCAACUACAUGACCAUCUGGAUAUCCACCUGGAGCUCCGCCAGCACGCCUUCACCGUCCAACCCCGAUCCGCACCCAAAUCUAGGCUACUACCUCGGCAUCUACACGCUUCUCGUCGUGCUCGCCCAAAGCGGCGCCGUAGGCGAGUGCUUCGUCUUUUUGAUCAACAUCAUCAGCCACACGGCCUUGUCUCUUCACACGGACCUUUUGAAUUCCGUUUUGUCGGCGCCUCUUUCUUUCUUCUCCCAGUCACCCACAGACUCAACCAACAACGGCGACGACAACAACACCACCCCAAGCUCGGAAGACACCGGCACAAUAACCAACCGCUUCUCCCAAGACAUGGACCUAAUCGACAUGACCCUCCCCAUCCAAGCCAUCAUGUUCACCAGCGCCGGUUCCUACGCCCUAGUCCAGUUAAUCAUCCUCUGCAUCCUAGGCAAAUACCUAGCCGCCACCGUUCCGUUACUCGCUGUCACUUUGUUUCUCGUGCAAAAGUACUACUUCCGCUCGUCACGACAACUACGACUGCUAGACAUCGAAGCCAAGGCGCCCGUGUACAAGCACUUUUUGGAAACAGUAACGGCGGGGGGCGUGGCUACCAUUCGCGCGUUUGGAUGGGAUAAGAGGUUCUGUGACAAAUUGGCGGGCAUGGUGGAUGAGGCGCAGAAACCGUUUUAUAUGCUGGCUUGUAUUCAGCAGUGGUUGGCGCUGGUGCUGGAUUUGGUGGUGGGCGGGAUGGCGGUUGUGUUGGUGGGUGUGGCGGUGGGCGUGGCGCCGGACCCGGACUCGGAGAAGGGUUCGUCGAAGACUUCAGUCAGUGCAGGAGCUUUGGGUGUGUCGUUGGUGCUGGUCAUGACGUUUAACGAGUUGAUUGUGCAGACGUUGCAGGCGUGGACGAGGUUGGAGACGUCGAUUGGGGCGGUGGCGAGGGUGAGGGACUUUGUUAGGACGACGCCGAAGGAGGAGGACCCGGACCCGGCGAGCUAUGGUGAAGACGGGGAAACAGAUGAGGGCGGAGAUGGACUGGCUGGAUGGCCUUCCAGGGGGGAGAUCAAGAUCGAAAAGAUCUGUGCCAGUUACGGCCCCCACACCUCCUCCUCUAACACCAACUCCAACACCGGACCCCCAGCCCUCAAAAACCUCACCCUCACCAUCCCUCGCUCGCGUCACAUCUUCAACGUGAUCCCACAAGACCCCUUCUUCAUCCCCAACACCACCCUCGCUUUCAACCUCGACCCCUUCUCGCACCUCUCCCAUCUACCCCCCGCCGAAGCAGCAGCCAAGAUGGAAUCCGCCCUCCGGCUCGUCACCCUCUGGCCGGGCCGCGUGACCGCCAACGGCCAGACGCUCGACAGCGAACUGAUCACCUCGGAGUGGUCAGUCGGCGAGCUCCAGCUGCUGGCGCUCGCUAGGGCGUUGCUGAUGAAGGAUAAAACGAGGAUUUUGGUGCUGGAUGAGGCGACGAGUAGUGUGGAUGAGAAGACGGAGGCGGUGAUGCAGGAGGUUAUUGAGACGGAGUUUGCGAGCCACACGGUUAUUGCGGUGGUGCAUCGGUUGACGUAUAUUGAUCGGUUUGAUUUGGUGGCGGUGUUGAAGGGGGGGGAGAUGGUUGAGUUUGGGGAGCCGGGGGGGUUGAUUGAGGGGGCUCAUCGGGGUGAGGUAAAGGGGAGUGUUUUUGGGGAGUUGUAUAGAGGGUUUUAUCAGGGGAAUGGAGCUGGGAGGGGAUGA